AUGACUCUCAGUUGCCUGACUUGCCGGACCGAUUCUGAAGGGAACUUAAGUCACUAUGAUCAUCAGCCUUCCAAGAAAAUAUUUAGAGUAAACGUUGAGAGGAAAUGGUCGGGAAAGUUAGCUUCAGCGCCAUGCGAGCAAAUAAGAGAGCCUGUGACUCCAUUGUCGAUGGAGCUAGUUUCUUCUGAAAAGCUGAAGAAGAUUCGUCGCCCAAAAGUCGUGACGUUUGAAGAUAACAGCCCCAGGUUGGUGAGAAGCCCAGGAAUGAGAAGGGAUUGGAGCUUUGAGGAUUUCAGAAAAAGAAAUGCAUUCAGAAUUAAGACAACACCAACUCAGGACGAGGAGAUUGAUUAUUAA